GCGCUGGUGCGACCGAGCAGACGCCAUGUACCGACGCCUCGCGCGCCUGAGCAGCGACCUCGCGGCUGUGCAGCGCGGCGUUUCCAGCAGACAGCGCGCGACGUCCGGCGCCCCGCGUGCCUCCCGCAGCAUGGCUACCGCAGAGUCCUACAGGAUCGAGAGAGACACCUUUGGAGAGCUCAAAGUGCCGAGCGAUAAAUACUACGGAGCCCAAACUGUCCGGUCCACCAUGAACUUUAAAAUCGGAGGUGUACCUGAGAGGAUGCCAAUCCAAGUGAUAAAGGCGUUCGGCGUUCUGAAGAGGGCCGCAGCUGAGGUGAAUAAGGAGUUCGGCCUUGAGACCAGGAUUGCGGAUGCCAUCGUCCAGGCUGCAGAUGAGGUGGUUGCUGGGAAACUGGAUGACCAUUUCCCCCUCGUGGUGUGGCAGACGGGCUCCGGAACGCAGACCAACAUGAACGUCAACGAGGUCAUCAGUAACCGGGCCAUCGAGCUUCUCGGGGGCACACUGGGUAGCAAGGACCCCGUCCAUCCCAAUGACCACGUCAACAAGAGUCAGAGCUCCAACGACACCUUCCCUACCGCCAUGCACAUCGCUGCCGCUACAGAGGUGCACAAAGUCCUGUUGCCAGGCCUACAGACCCUGCACGACGCGUUAGCCGGCAAAGCCGAACUCUUUAAGGACAUCAUCAAAAUCGGCCGCACACACGCGCAGGACGCGGUACCCCUCACCCUCGGACAGGAGUUUGGAGGAUAUGUGCAGCAGGUGAAGUACAGUAUGGAGCGUGUGAGGGGUGCUAUGCCCAGGGUGUACCAGCUGGCAGCAGGCGGUACAGCAGUGGGCACCGGCCUCAACACACGCAUUGGGUUUGCAGAGAAAGUGGCUGACAGGGUUUCAGCGCUCACUGGCCUACCCUUCGUGACGGCGCCCAAUAAGUUCGAGGCUCUGGCGGCCCAUGAUGCCUUGGUGGAGCUGAGUGGCGCUCUGAACACCGUGGCCGUCAGCCUGAUGAAGAUCGCCAACGACAUCCGUUUCCUGGGCUCUGGGCCGCGCUCUGGCCUAGGGGAACUCAUCCUACCUGAGAACGAGCCCGGUUCCAGUAUCAUGCCUGGUAAAGUGAACCCCACGCAGUGUGAAGCUAUUACCAUGGUAGCCGCUCAGGUGAUGGGGAACCAUGUGGCUGUGACCGUGGGUGGCAGUAACGGACACUUCGAGCUGAACGUCUUCAAGCCGAUGAUCAUUAAAAACGUGCUAAACUCUGCCCGGUUGCUAGGCGACGCCUCAGUUUCCUUCACCGAAAACUGCGUGGUGGGAAUUGAAGCAAACCAAGAACGGAUCGCCAAGCUGAUGAACGAGUCCUUGAUGCUCGUCACUGCGCUUAACCCCCACAUAGGUUACGACAAAGCUGCCACCAUUGCCAAAACUGCACACAAACAGGGUUUGACGUUAAAAGCAGCUGCUAUCAAACUGGGCUACCUGACCGAAGAACAGUUUGAGCAGUGGGUCCAGCCCCAGGACAUGCUCGGCCCCAAGUAAAACAUUUUCAACUGAAGCAAAAGUGAUUUCUUUGUUUGUAAAAUAAUACCAUUUUAUGUUGAAAAACGCCGUUUCUUUAAAAAAAAAAGACUGCGGCAGAAUUUCUUGGCUCAUGUGACCUUCAGUGAGCUCCGUGUGUGAGUUCCUCAGGUGUCUUAUGCUCAGACUAAAGACUCUGCCAUAUUGAUGUGACUCUUCAAUCCAUUAAACUCCCUAAAACAAUC